AUGUUUCAGGUCCUACUAGUAAAUGUCCAACGCCAGGUUGUUCCGGACAAGGUCACAGCACUGGUCUUUAUACUCAUCAUAGAAGUACUUGCAUUGAACGAAACUAUUUUGAAAUGUCCUACAAUUGGAUGUAACGGAAGAGGUCACAUAAGUUCAAGUAGAAAUACUCACAGGAGUUUAUCUGGUUGCCCAACAGCAGCAGCAAACAAAGCAGCAGCAAAAGAAUUUAAAUACCAAAACAGUUUGAUUUUCCGUAAUAAAUUACAACCAGUCAUAAAUUUCCAUCAACUUAACAAAUAUCAAUCAAACUUUGCAUCAAACAAUUUGAGAACAUCUUUGAAAGAAAGUUUGCCUAACAGGGGAGAUUCUGAGAAAGUCAUAAAAUCCAACGACAGUGGCAAUAAAGAAUCAACACUCUCAGUGUCAACAGAAAAGAUAAAAAGUGCGGAAGAUAAAACAUCAUUUCAGAGUGACGAAGAAAUUUCAAGAAAAACCCUAGACAACUCAGUAUUCAAAUCUCAAAAGAGCGCCAUGCUGAGUAAUCCUAUUGAAAGUCAUUAUUCACGUGAGCAAGAUCUGCGAUACACAAGCUUAAGCGACGUGUCUCGUUCUAUUUCAUCAUAUGCUAUAGAUACUGUCACAUCAAAUCGCUUAACCAUGCCAGAUUACGAUGUUCAGACUGUUCACUCAACAAAUCAUCGUCCAUAUGAUCCCGGCUCUAUAGUGAACUCACAAACAGCCUUUGAAAGAUAUGACCCAAGUUAUCCUCUGCAAAGAACUGCUAUGUAUUCAUCAUAUGGUCAACCAUCGUUAGAAGAUUUAGCAAAUCAACAAAAAUAUUUACUAGAACAACAUUCUCAGCAGCAACAACAACAACAACAACAAACACCCAUAAUGAAGACAGAGCCAGAUGAAACAAACAAUGGACCGAUUUAUCCAAGGCCAAUCUAUCAAUCUUACGAUCCCACAGGUAAGCUUACAUUAACAUCAAGAAUGCAUUUGUCUGACGAAAAUACUUUAGCUCCACUAUCUUAUAAAGCAUCAUCGAGUUCUCCUUCACCAACUUCAACAACAUCAGCACCACCCGCUAGCGGUGUAGCAGUCAACAAUGGUGUUAAUGGUGGUGGUGGAAAUACGAAAGCUCCAGUGAUUGAUUUGUCGACAAAUACAAUCACUUCAACCAGUUCAAAUUCAGGAUUUUCUUCGUCCGAAUACACAUUAAAUAAUUCUAGAAAUUCGAGAAGCCCACAGCAAGCAGAGUCAAGUCCCCAGAUGACAAGCCCACAGGUCCCAAGUCCACAAGGUCAAACUCUUGACUUGAGUGUAAAUAGAAUUUCACAAAGUGGAUCUGCGGAAAGUCCUUACCAAACGCAAAAUGAAAAUACAAGCUCGUCAACACCACAUCCGAAUGGAUUUUUAUCACGCUCACCCCAAACUGAGCCGGUAGAUUUUAGCGGACCUCGAAUGAGCUUUGGAUUAAUUGGCCCAACUCCAUACAGCCGCGAAUCAACACCUGAUAGUGGUGGAUCUCAUUAUAUUGACAACUUCAGAGAUCCAAGUGGCUAUAGUCCACAUCCAACCUAUGGAAUGGUGGUUCAACCUGAUUACGCAAACACUUAUCCCGGCUAUGGGCCAAAUGCUUAUCAAUGCAGCGGCCCUUAUGGAAGCUCUUUAGGCCCAGGUGUUUAUCCGGUAUCGUCUGUUCCAAGCCCAUACUCUCCAACUACAACGUCGUGUUAUGCUAUGCCACCCCCACAACAUUUGCCAUCGCAUGACAAAUUGCUCUCAAAGGACGGUCUUCCCGGUUGUCCUCGAAAUGAUAGAGGUUUACAAUCUCAUUCGCAAGAGCUCAAAUGUCCCACGCCAGGAUGUGAUGGUUCCGGACAUGUAACUGGUAAUUAUUCAUCACACCGCAGUUUAUCUGGAUGUCCACGUGCCAAUAAGCCAAAAAGUAAACCUCGUGAUGGGCAAGAUUCUGAGCCUCUACGGUGCCCAAUUCCAAAUUGUGAUGGAUCAGGUCACUCUACAGGAAAAUUUCUAUCACACAGAAGUGCUUCUGGUUGUCCGAUAGCGAAUCGAAAUAAAAUGAGAGUACUUGAGAACGGGGGAACAAUUGAACAACAUAAAGCAGCAGUAGCAGUGGCAACAGCAAUGAAAUUUGACGGUGUUAAUUGCCCUACUCCAGGUUGUGACGGAACAGGUCAUAUCAACGGAACUUUUUUAACGCAUAGAUCGCUAUCUGGUUGUCCCGCAGCAGCUCAAGGUAUCAAAAAGCCAAAGUUUGAUGAUAUUUCUCUAUCCGUUUAUCCAAAAGGCUAUAUAACAGGAAAUGCUUCUAUGGAAAUGAUGUUGAAUGCUCCCAAUAGUAAUGGUGAAGAUUUGAUGACAUUAGAAGCUGAAAUUUCUGAAUUGCAACGUGAAAAUGCUCGCGUGGAAUCUCAAAUGCUUAGACUUAAAUCAGAUAUCAGCGCAAUGGAAUCACAUUUACACCAUGGCGAAAGGGAAAAUGUAAUGAUUUCUCAAAAGACUAAUUUGAGUGCUUACUAUAAAAGUUUACGAAGCAACGUCAUAACUUUACUUGAACAUAGUCGCCGGUCAAACGAUUCAUCGAUUGAUAAGAAACAUCAUGAAAAAGGAGAUUCUUUUGGAAUGAGGCUUAAAUCUGAAUUUUGAUAGUACUUAAAAUCAAUUUUGAUAUCUUUCAAUGGAUGUUUUUCAGAAACUUAGAUGAAAGUAACUUUUCACAUCUUCUAGGAAUUUCCAUGAAACAACAUCUAAAGUAACAUUAAAAGAAUGUCGUUGUCAGCUUAAAUUGAUAAAUUUAGUUACUUUGAAUCAAUUCGUGGUUAAUUAAGUUGUUAUUGUUACAAAUUCACGUAUAACAUAUUUACGAUGAUCACAAGAUGACACUUUAAGAAGAAGUCAGAAGAUCAUUCGUUA